UAAAGUCAGUGACUGAGCACUUACCUAGAAUGUGAAGGAAGAGUCCUGGGUUGAAUCCCUUUCACUGCAAUGAAUGAAUGGAUCAAACAAUUAUGAAAUAAAUGAUUAUUUUAAUAACUAUUUCACAUUAACAUUUGCUGAUAACUGGUUUGAAAGAAACAGUUUUAACUUUGAGAGGAAAAACUAAUUGAAAGAAAAACAACUGAAAAUCUUUUCCCCAACACCCUCCCCUCCCUUUUUUAGGGUGCAAGAUGACCAACGAAGAACCUCUUCCUAAAAAGGUCCGUCUGAGUGAAACAGACUUCAAAGUUAUGGCACGGGAUGAGUUAAUUCUAAGAUGGAAACAAUAUGAAGCAUAUGUUCAAGCUUUGGAGGGAAAAUACACAGAUCUUAAUUCAAAUGAUGUGACUGGCUUAAGGGAAUCUGAAGAAAAAUUAAAGCAGCAACAGCAGGAGUCUGCACGAAGGGAAAACAUUCUGGUCAUGCGAUUAGCAACCAAGGAACAAGAAAUGCAAGAGUGUACUACUCAAAUCCAGUACCUCAAGCAAGUCCAGCAGCCGAGUGUC